UAUUGUCUACGCCCCUUUGCCUCUGCCUAUGGCUAUGGUGGAUGAGAACCGAGCGACAAACUAUAGAGUAACAUAAAUGGUUCAUCUUUACAUCCAUCAGCGUGAGAAGCCUCUGUAAAUUGAUUGGACCUACCACCCGUCUCGCAGCUUGACGUGCUUAAAUUACACCGCGGCUUGCGCUCAUAGAGGCUGCGCCUGGAGAAAAGAGGAGGUCCUUGAAGAGCGCUUUAUUUAUUUCUUUGUUUCCAGAGGAAAAAAAUAAUAACAUCGAUAUUCACCACAAGCAUUUCAUUUAUUAUCUCUGUCCGUGCACACAAGAAAACUGGAUAAGAUUACAGUGGGUAUUCAAAGGCCAAACCGAAGGGGAGGAGGAUGAAGCGGCGCAAUGCGGACUGCAGCAAACUCCGACGGCCGUUAAAACGGAACCGAAUCACCGAGGGUAUAUACGGCAGUACCUUCCUGUAUUUGAAGUUCCUGGUGGUGUGGGCACUGGUGCUGCUGGCAGACUUUGUGCUUGAGUUCAGGUUUGAGUACCUCUGGCCCUUCUGGCUCUUUAUCCGGAGUGUGUACGACUCGUUCAGAUACCAGGGGCUGGCCUUCUCAGUGUUCUUUGUGUGUGUGGCGUUUACAUCGGACAUUAUAUGCCUGCUUUUCAUCCCUGUGCAAUGGCUGUUCUUCGCCGCCAGCACCUACGUGUGGGUCCAGUAUGUGUGGCAUACAGAACGAGGGGUCUGCCUACCCACGGUGUCGCUAUGGAUACUCUUUGUUUACAUAGAGGCAGCAAUCCGAUUCAAAGACCUCAAGAACUUCCACGUGGACCUGUGUCGCCCAUUUGCUGCACACUGCAUCGGCUAUCCGGUGGUCACGCUGGGCUUCGGCUUCAAGAGCUACGUCAGCUAUAAGAUGCGUCUCCGGAAGCAGAAGGAGGUGCAGAAGGAGAACGAGUUCUACAUGCAGCUCCUGCAGCAGGCACUGCCCCCAGAGCAACAGAUGCUGCAGAGGCAGGAGAGGGAGGCGGAGGAAGCUGCCGCUAAAGGAUUAUCAGAGACGGAAGCACCCCCAGUGUCACAGAACGGCGCCCCAGCCAAUAAGAAGACUUCACCCCCACUGGCAGAGCUGGAGUACCGGGAAAAAGGCAAAGACGGCAGAGGAGGAGGUGGCAGUGGGGACACCAAAAAGCAGCAGGGCAACCACAGCAGCAGCAGCAGCAGCAACAACAUCCUGCCUUCAGGCGCGGACUCUAAACUCCAGGAGAUGGAGUACAUGGAGAAUCAUAUGAACAACAAGAGACUGACCACAGAGAUGGGCAGCACAGAGAACCUGCUGCUCAAGGAGGACAACAACUCCUCCUGCUCCUCGUCCUCCUCCUCCUCGUCCUCUUCCAAAAACUACAAGAACGCCAGCAGCAACGCUGCGGCGGCGCUGAACUCCUCGCCGCGCGGCCACAGCGCCUCCAACGGCAGCGUGCCCGCCACCGCCGCCGCCGCCGCUACCUCCUCCUCCUCCUCCUCCUCAUCCACCUCGACGGGGAAGAACGAGAAGAAGCAGAAGCAGCCUGCGGCGGGGAAGGGGACGUCGGGGGGCUCCCACCGGGACCCCACAGAUAACUGCAUCCCCAACAACCAGCUGAGCAAGCCAGAAGCGCUGGUCAGGCUGGAGCAGGACGUGAAGAAGCUGAAGGCGGACCUGCAGGCCAGCCGGCAGGUGGAGCAGGACCUGCGCAGUCAGAUCGGCUCCCUCGGCAGCUCCGAGCGCUCCAUCCGCUCAGAGCUGGGCCAGCUGCGGCAGGAGAACGAGCUGCUGCAGAACAAGCUCCAUAAUGCCGUUCAGGCCAAGCAGAAGGACAAGCAGGCGGUGGGCCAGCUGGAGAAGAGGCUGAAGGCGGAGCAGGAGGCGCGCGCCACUGCAGAGAAGCAGCUCGCAGACGAGAAGAAGCGGAAGAAGCUGGAGGAGGCCACAGCGGCCCGGGCCGUGGCGUUGGCCGCAGCCUCCAGAGGGGAAUGCACAGACACGCUGCGGAGGCGCAUCACAGAGCUGGAGACAGAGUGCAAGAAGCUCAGCAUGGACAUCAAGCUCAAGGAGGACCAGAUCCGCGAGCUGGAGAUGAAGGUGCAGGAGCUCCAUAAGUAUAAAGAGAACGAAAAAGACACGGAGGUGCUGAUGUCGGCACUGUCAGCCAUGCAGGAUAAGACCCAGCACCUGGAGAACAGCCUGAGUGCAGAGACCCGGAUCAAAUUGGACCUCUUCUCAGCGCUGGGCGACGCCAAAAGACAGCUCGAGAUCGCACAGGGGCAGAUCCUCCAGAAGGACCAGGAGAUCAAGGACCUGAAGCAGAAGAUCGCAGAGGUCAUGGCCGUCAUGCCCAGCAUCUCCUACACGGCCGACAACAGCAGCAUGACCCCCGUGGCUCCCCACUACUCCUCCAAGUUCAUGGACACCAAUUCCUCCGGCCUGGACCCCAACGCCUCUGUCUAUCAGCCCAUGAAGAAGUGAACGCUUCCCCUCCUCUCCCUCCGGCCAUCUUCCUGUCUCUACUCUCUUUUCGUUUUUGGGUUGUGCAGACCGACCAACACAGUCUGCACGGAGAACAUGGGGUUUUCUUCACUUUUUUUCUCCCUGGUCGCCAGGUCAGAAGGAUGUUGUAUCGUGUGACUGUACUUGUUGUAGUUAAAACAAAAGACAAAAAAAAAACCUUUUAAAAAAGACCUCACGUGUCAACUAGGAAUCCGUUAUUUCUUUUCUUCCUUGUCGUGUCUAGUGAAACCUCACAGAAUCGGGCAUGUAUCCAUAACACCAAAACACCACUACCACUACCAUCACCAACAACACUACCGCCUCGUCUUCAACCAAUCAACUGCUUUGCAGCCUUGGGGAAUGGCUGAAUUUAUUUAACUUCUUACUUCUGAAGACGUUUUACGGAGCUUUCACUUCUCAGAUCUGGAAAUUCCCCUCUGGAAUAAUGAGGAUGUGAGCAUCUGGGAACCACUGCAAAGUUAUCUUUGACAACUUUGAAAUCGUGAACAAUCUUUGCAGUUGUGUAGAUCUGUGCACACAGCGGUGUGCACAGAUUUAAAAUGGCAGGGGUGUCGAAACAAACACAACAAAGGGCAUUGAAUCUUCUCCUUCACCAAUUUAGCCGUUUGGUUUCAGUUUUGAACCCAGUGACUUGAGAUAGUACUUGAUUAUUGAUUUUCAGAUGGAGCCAUCCCCCCUGGGUAGAACAGAACUAGGUAACACCCAGUUUGUUGAUUUAAGAGUAGCCUGGUUACCAGCAUUAAUGAUUCUCUCAAUCAUUUGGUUGCUCAAAGUAGUGUCCCUUUCUUUAUAUAUUUGGUAUGUUGUUCAAUAAUUUUUCCUAACUGUUACAAUGAUUACAUGGUAACAAGGACACAGAAAUCGAGGUGGAGGCCAUGCUUAUAUCCCAAACCUGGUUAUUUUCAAAAUAGUUUGAUGUAAUGUAUACCACUGCUUUUUUUGCACACAGUUGUUAAAGUGUGUUUGCAUGCCCACCGAAACAACAUGUAUACACUCCCUUAAUUUAGCUCCAUGCCACCCUUUUUUUAAAUUUAUUAUAAUUUCCAUAAAAUUGCACUGCUAAAACAAGGGACGAUUAGUUGAUGAGACUGCACUGCAAUGUAUGGUGUAUACAUUGCUUUUUUUUUUUAUCUUAUACUUUUUUAGAUAGGCCAAAUUUAUAAUUGUGCAGCCUACUAUUGCAGUUAAUAAUCUCCUUUCAAAGUUUAACAAUAUUCCACUUGAUUACAUGUGCCAAGAAUGGAAUUAACAUGCUUUCUGGGAAUGUCAUACAAAUAGUAUGAAGCGUUUCAGAAGUCCUUCUGAAUGAAGUUGUGUCCAUCUGGAGACGGUGUGUCCACAGUUUGAACACAGUUUACUUAAAUAAGGUAAGGGACUAGGAAAUCCUAAUUGUUGUGUUAAUGUGACAUACCUGAGGGAACGUUGUUCAAACCAGUUGCUCUCUAUCCUUUUGGUAUCCUUUGGUGCAGGGAGAAGUUGCUUGGGUCUGGCAUGGUGCAGAUGUCAUCCGAAAAGGUCAUUGUGUGGUUUUCACCCACUAUAUAUGGAUACUCUUGUUUUUAAGCAGCUAAACCAUUGACUUCUGAAGAUAAUAUUUACAUUUUAGUCAGCUGGGUGGUCAACAGUUGUUGAAAAGUUGUUGUUUUCUAUGCCCAGUGACUGCUAUUGUUUCAGCCCAAAAUCUGACCGUGGCUACAGUCUUGCUCUGUGAGGUUUACAAGGAAUAAACGUUUUUUUUCUUGCAAA